GCAGAGGUGUCGCCCCAGCGGCAUCGCGGAGUGCGUGGUCUCGGGGUUCUCUUCACCAUGGUUCCCGGAGUGCCGCUCCCGCCGGAGGUCCAGCUGGCGCAGCGCCUGGCGGGCAAUGAGCAGGUGACGCGGGACCGCGCGUUGCGGAAGCUGCGGAAAUACAUCGUGGCCAGAUCGCAGCGGGCGACAGGUGGCUUUACCCCAGAUGAACUGAUAAAAGUAUGGAAAGGACUCUUUUACUGCAUGUGGAUGCAGGACAAGCCUCUCCAGCAGGAAGAACUAGGAACGACCAUUGCCCAGCUUGUCCAUGCUUUUCAGACUAUGGAGGCACAGCACCUGUUCCUGCGGGCCUUCUGGCAGACCAUGAUCCGGGAGUGGGUGGGCAUUGACAGACUGCGCCUGGAUAAGUUCUACAUGCUCAUGAGGAUGGUCCUAAAUGAGUCGCUAAAGGCUGUGAAGAUACAAGGAUGGGAAGAGAGACAUAUUGAGCAGCUGCUGGAGCUGCUAACCACCGAGGUACUGAACCCUGAAAGCCAGGCCCCCAGUGGGGUGAAGAGCCACUUCCUAGAGAUCUUUCUGGAGGAGCUGACCAAAGUGGGUGCUGCAGAGCUCACCGCAAACCAGAACUUGCAGUUCAUCGACCCCUUCUGCCAGAUAGCAGCCCGCACUAAGGAUUCCCUGGUUUUGCAUAAGAUCAUUCAGAACAUCUUAUUGACGAUUGUGGAACAGGCCCCCUUGGCCAUUGAGGACCUCAUGAAUGAACUGGACACACAGAGAGGAGAGGGCGAAGCGUCAGGCGGUGAUGAUGGGGACGGCGGCGAUGAUGGGGACGGUGACGAUGGGGACAGUGACGAUGGGGACGAUGGGGACGGUGAUGACAGUGACAGUGACGAUGGCGACAGUGAUGAUGGUGAUGGUGAUGAUGGUGGUGAUGGUGGUGAUGGUGACGCCGGAGACGGUGGUGACAGUGACGAGUCCUCAGAGGGCGAGCAGGAUCUGCAAGACACAACUCCCAAGAAGCUGCCUGCAGGUACCCUACAUAGGGCUGACCCUGAGGCAGGCAAGGAGCAGGCAUGGGAUAAUGAGGAAAACACUGGCCCCGUCCUCCAGUUUGACUACGAGGCAGUUGCUAACAGACUCUUCGAGCUUGCCAGUAGACAGAGCACCCCUUCUCAGAACAGGAAGCGCCUCUACAAAGUGAUCCAAAAGCUGCGGGUCCUGGCUGGAGGCACUUUCCCUGAGGAUGAUGUCCCUGAAAAAGCCUACAAGAAGCUGCUGGAAGGGAGGCGGGAACGGAAGAAGAAAAAGAAGCGCUUGCCCAGACCGCAGCCCCAGGAUAAGGAAGUGGAGAGCGAGGCAGCAGCCUCAAGUGCAGACCCAAACCCGGGAAGGAAGAGGAAGAUGAGCAGGAAGACGGAUGAGAAGGCUGGCCAAAGAGAGCCUCCUGGGAAGAGGAGGAAGCCCGGGGCUAGAGCCAAGGGGGCUGGAGCCCAGCAAGCACAGAGGAAGAGGAAACAGCCAUCACAGAGUACGGAAUGAGGUGCCCGGCCCCGGCCGGCUGGCCUCCUUACUGCCAUGUGGUGAGAUGGGGCAGGAUAACUGGGCAUGCUCCUGCGGCCUCUGGAUGCCGAGGUUCUAAGCCUCCUAUGGGGGGGGAGCAGGAGGAGGAUGAUAGAGGAGACCCUUGGUUUAGUCCCAGCCUUCAAGAAUGCUCCUGCCUCAGAGGCAUGACCUGCAUAUCAGAAAUUCACUCCAAACACUCAAAAUUUCACUUGUACAUACAUAUGCUAUGGGCCGUGCUUGAUCCUAGCCAGAGAGGCCAGAAGAUCUAGUGUUGAGUCCAGCCCAGUCUCAGCUUCCCUCCCCCCCCCCCCCGCUUUAAGGAAAACAAAACCAAGUAACUGUGUGGCCACUGUCCCCUCCGCCCUGGCCUGCCCACAUAAUAAACUGCAGGUCCUUAGGGCAGGUGGCUGCUCCUCCUUUUUGUGUAUAUCUAGGUGGGGUGGGGGGUAGGUGUCAUUUCCUGGGCGAUGUGUGUGUUUUCAUCUACUUCUGUGUUUAUGUGCAUCUGAAAACCCUGGCAAAAGGGCCUGCCAGGUACCCAUGGGUGGGUUCAUGCUCUGUGCUCCUAUCUCAGACUCGCACUGUUGAGGGUUUUCAGGAGGUUCCUGUGACUGAUGUUUCAGGGCCAUGGCAGGAAGGCCUGGCUGUUGUCACCACCUCUCUUUGGGACACUGUAUACACAGCAUUUAUUGAGCCCCCAGAGUCGCCCUGGCCAUGACCUGACUGGGCUCUUAUUCUGAGUAGAGCAGACGCAGGCUCUACUGCUGUGGGCUUGUCCCUCCCUGGGGGUCACCACUGGGGCAGCCAGGGCUGCAGGAGGCCAGGCGAGGGGUUAUGGGAGGAAGGACAGCGCCAAAUCAAUCUGCUCCUGGAGGUUGUGGCGGUUUAGGCACAUCCCAGAGUACACCGGGGACAGCAUGGACAGUGUGACACCAUCCUGAGAGAGAGCUGCUCCACUUGGGACAGUCACCGGGAGUGGCGACACUCUGGUUCUAAAGUCUAUGGCUGAGCAGUCCAGUUCCUACAGUUUCUGGUAUGGAGUGAGGCCCUGGGAUUCCACGCCUAUGUCCUGAGGAAGGCCUGCCCGCAGCACCACCUUGUGAAGCACUUCUGCGUCCGCAGUCUCUUUAGUAACUGCUUGACUUCAGACAUGAAUCACCAAGUUCCCUGUCAUUGUCUGUGGGUCCUUAUUGAUGGAGAUCAGGCAGUGUCACAUACACCAGAGGAUAGCAUUGUCUGUGUGGAAGUGGUCAUCUUUAAUCUUGUGUGAACAGCUUUGAGAGCAGGCACAGGGCACACCAUCCACCCAUUGUCUCAUUCGUGAGUUAUUAGGAUAUUCUAGGAACUGUGCCGCCUCCAGCAGUUAUACAUCAGUUACGCUUGGUGUGCUUUGGCCAGCACCCCUCCCUGGGCUGGCCGCCUCUGAUCCAUGUCAUGUCUGCUGGGCCCCCUGCUCUGCACAUGCGCACUUGGGAUUGUGUGGUGUACGGUCUUUGUAUUUCAGUGAGCUGUCCUCAGGGCUCAUGCCUGCAGCCUGUGCUGGAGCUUCCUGAGGUAGAUAACCCCACUUGACUAUGUUUUAUUAUGCCUGUGCACACUUGGGGUGUGUGCCCUGGGCUGUAAGGGGAUCAUGUUGCUCAGGUGUACACUGUACACUGUGCACGUGUGUCUUUACUGCUCUCGGGGAGACACCCAGGUGUGGCAAUUUCUCUGUCCAGUCUAUUUGCAGUGGGAAGCCUAUGAUUGGGUAGGGAAAAGGGAGGCAGAGACAGGAACGCAGGGAUGGAAGCUGACGUUAACGAGCGUGGCUUGAACCAGACUUUGGCAGAGAUGAUAUGAAAAGGUUAGGAUAGAUGGGAUAACUUGUCUAAUCUGUGUGGGCAUCUUGUGAUUUGAGUAUUUGCUGAUAUAUAAAUUCAUUGCUUAA